UCGCUCCCCUCCGCUGGCAGGUGGUUGGAAGCCGCGGCGGCUGCGCGUUAAGUAGCUUCCUGCCGUCCGAUUGAGCGUUCUUCGCUGUUGCGGCUUAAAGGGUGUGCGGUUCACCGCGUCAGGACCACCGGUCCCCGACUCAUGGUGAGAGAAUGAACCGGCCCCGGGGUUAUACCGAUGAGGGAAAGGAGCGGGACUCCGAACUUCCGUGAGGUAGGGAGAGAGCGGAACUAUGGUCGGCAGUUCGAAUCCACCAGCUGCUCCUUGGAAACACUACGAGGCAGUUCUGCUCUAUAUAGUGCAGGGACAAUGCUGAAAGGAAUGACAAGGCUUAUCUCCAGGGCCCACAAGUUGGACCGUGGACGUUUUUUGCACACGGGUACCCAGACACCUCAAACCAUUGCUGCUCACCUAGAUAACCCGGCUCCCGUGGAGAGUCCCAGAGCUAUUUCCCGCACCAGUGAGAGUGACCCGGCCAAGCAUGGAGAGCAACAGGAGGGUCAGCACUACAACAUCCCCCACCAGGAUCUGAAGACUGUAUUUCCCCAUGGCCUGCCUCCUCGCUUUGUAAUGCAGGUGAAGACUUUCAAUGAAGCUUGCCUGAUGGUAAGGAAACCAGCGCUGGAGCUUCUGCAUUACCUGAAAAACACCAACUUUGCACACCCAGCUGUGCGAUAUAUUCUGUAUGGGGAGAAGGGGACAGGAAAAACCCUCAGUCUCUGUCAUGUUGUUCAUUUCUGUGCAAAACAGGACUGGCUGAUACUGCAUGUUCCAGACGCUCAUCGCUGGGUGAAAAAUUGCCGGGAUCUUCUGCAGUCUACCUAUAACAAACAGCGCUUGGAUCAACCUUUAGAGGCUUCAACAUGGCUAAAGAAUUUCAGAACUUCAAAUGAGCGCUUCCUGAGCCAGAUAAAAGUUCAAGAGAAGUAUGUCUGGAAUAAGCGAGAAAGCACUGAGAAAGGCAGCCCUCUGGGAGACGUAGUUGAACAGGGCAUAACACGGGUGAGGAAUGCCACAGAUGCAGUUGGGAUUGUGCUGAAAGAGCUAAGGAGGCAAAGUUCUUGUGGGAUUUUUCACCUCCUGGUGGCAGUGGACGGAGUCAAUGCUCUCUGGGGGAGGACCACACUGAAGAGAGAAGAUAAAAGCCCGAUUGCUCCAGAGGAACUAGCGUUUAUUUACAACCUCAGAAAAAUGGUGAAAAAUGAUUGGAAUGGAGGCGCCAUUGUGUUGACUUUAAGCCAGACUGGUUCACUAUUUAAGCCUCGGACAGCCUACAUGCCCCAGGAGCUGCUGGGAGAGGAAGGAUUUAAUGCUCUGGAUCCCUUUAUUCCCAUCCUGGUUUCCAACUACAACCCAAAAGAAUUCCAAAGUUGUAUUCAGUAUUAUUUGGAGAACAAUUGGCUUCAACAUGAGAAAGCUCAUACAGAAGGAGGGAUGAAGGAGCUGCUAUUUCUGAGUAAUGCAAAUCCGGGGCAGCUGGAGCGGCUCUGUGCCUACCUCUAAGCCGUGACCACAAUGUGCCCGGAAGACCUGGUCAGACGAGGAAGCCCCAACUUCACUGAAAUGGGUUCCCUGUGAACUGACUGUAACAGCAGUAAGACAGCCCUGCUUCCUGAAACUAGUACCAGUUUAUUGGAUGUGGCUUUCACAUUUAAGAUAAUUAUGGGUCUUUUCCUUAAAAAAAUAAAUUAUUUUUUGUGUGUUUUGUUACAUUUAUAAUAUGGGAAGAAAAAAAAAAAAUAGAGCCAUAAUGAAUUUCUUACUUGUUAGAGGUCUGAAGAGAUUCAGUUCUACAGACAUUUUCAGGAAUUCUAUUUUUUAAACUUUAUUCAAUUCAGGAGAUCAAGAUGCACAGCUUAACUUCUCCCCGCUCCCGAGACGCUAACUCAUUCACAGCCUAUUUAUACUUUUAUUCCUUGAUGGCCCUGGAGCCUUAGUGAAACUCCAGGAGUUUCUGGCAGCUUUGUAUGGUCCCCAGAGAAUUACGCACUACGGCACCACAGCGUGCGCUGUAUGUAACAAACCAACCUGUCUUUAAUGUAGAGCAGUACUAUACACCGUCCUUGGGAGAACCGAGAAGUAAUCACUCAACUCAUCAGAGAUUGAUUCUCUCACUAUACCCAGGCUGGUAGAGUCGAAAGAGUCAGAAGUUCAAUUACUAGAUCUGCCACUUACUAACUCUAUAUUCUAGAAACUCUUAAGCCUGCUUUCUUCUCUGUAUAAUAGUGAUAAUGAUGCCAAACUUGCAGGAGUUUUGUGAGAAUUCAAUUACUUAUUACAAGUAAAGUGCUUAACACAUAAUGUCAUCGUUAGUUGCCAGUGAGUCAGCUCUAACUCAUGGAGACCCCACCCCCACAUACAACAGAACAAAAUGUUGCCUGGCCCUACCCCAUCUUCACAGUUGCCGUCAUGCUCUUGUGCACUGUUGCAGCCACUGUGUAUUCUGAGCGCCUUGCAGCCUAGGAGGAUCACUCUGUAGCACUGUAUCAGACGAUACUUGGUUGUAAUCUAUAGGGUUUUCCUUGGCUAUUUUUUGGAAGUAGAUCACCAGGCUCUUCUUCCUAGUCUGAGUCUGCAACUCCUCUGAAACCUGUCCACCAUGGGUGGCCCUACUGGUAUUUAAAAUACCAGUGGCAUAGCUUCUAGCAUCAUAACACAAGCUACCACAGUACGAUAUACAGACGUAAGUGUGGUGGUAACACCUAAUAGGUACCUGUUAAAUGGUAGUAUCUAUCUAACUUGGAUUUUAUAAUGCUUUAUUUGAAGAAUCAUUAUAAGGACAACAGUCUCUAAAUGUGUAACUCAACUUUUUUUCCCAGAGAGCCAGCUUCCCUUAUCCCUAAGCCACCUCCUCGAGGACUCCCUGUCAGAAAUAGAACUUCCAUUCCUGACCCAAGCCCAGUCAUCAAUUUUGGAGGCCCUAGGUCACUUUAGCUAGACUGAUGUGCCGGCAUUGAGACACAACAGCCUUCCAGAGACGGCUUGCCCAACCCCCCGGUCGCAAAGGCUGAAACCAUGUAAUACCGCCCUUUCUGUAUGUCUCCUCGUGGUCUACCUCUGGUUGAACCCUGAUGGAUAAACCUCAGUCUGGUUCAUCAAGCCUUUAGAUUUGUCUUAAUAUCUCAAAUCCAGCUCCUUCUCUCCAUUAUCGUUACCAACAUGUUAGUUCAUACCCCCAUCACUUCCUGUCUGAGUUACUGUGUUUGAAAAUUUGUCUCUGCCUACAACUGCUCUUGCAUCUUUCGAGGGCUACCUAAGCAGGCUUUCUGACCCGUGCCUGUCAUGCCGUUCCACUCAGUGGCUCUGACAUGCCUUUAAAAUUUGUCACAUACACGUUACAAAACUCAAACCAUACGAAAACGUAAUGGAAGAUCGAGGUCCUUCCCUGUCUCCCGUUUCUAGAGGCUGCCUUUAUUCCCAGAUUCUAGAAAUAUGGCUGACUCCUCCUCCUCUUACACGCCUGUUUCCUGACCUCUCUAGUGCCACUUGACCCCUCAUGUGAGGAGCUAGUGUCCAAUUCCACGGUCGGCUCCGCUUUGAUUACAACACAAAUGUCUUCCCCAGGGGACUGACUGGAGGUUUCCUCCCCAGGGUCUUCAGGUUCCACCUUGACGAUAUCCUCUAAAAUUCCCGGCGGGGAGAAUAGAGAUUCCGGUAAGCUCUGAGGCAGUGCCUCUAGGGCUUUUCCCCCCUCCUCUGUUUUCACAAUAGUCCAGCGAUAGGUACAGUUCUCUGACAAUUCUUCCUGGCACCCCCCAUCUGCUUGUAGAGGCCCCGGGCUCUGCUCCUCUUUGGGCAGGACAGUAGUACCAAGAGGAGAUGGUUCCUGGGGUUCCACUUUGGGUUCUAGGCCUUGAACGGCACCUUUCCCUUCAGCCAAAGGACAAGCAAUGUCCACGUUGCCUUGGGCCUUAUCUUCAGGGGUAGAUGGUACAUGAAGAUUCAUAGAGUUGCCAGAAACAAUUAAGGGUGGGAUGGAGGAGGUCACAAGGGGCUGGUUCAAUGGACAGGGAAAGGAUGUAGGGUUAACCAACAGGGUGGCAAUGGGAAUGGUCUGAGAACUCUGGGCCACAGCUGCAUUGACAGGCUGGAUCACGUUACAGCCAGUGCUGAGGCUCACGACCUUCACCGUGGUAGCAGGAACAGUGAAGAUGACAGGUGCCGGUUGGAUAAAGGGGGCAGGUUUCAGACAGGGAGAGGCCUUGGCCCCCUUUCUCUUUGGGGGUCUCCGUUUCACACAUGGCUUUUGAAACUUACAAGGGGCAAGUGAGGGCAGCAUCACCUGAGAAACAGGGGCAGAGGUGAGAGGGAAGCUGGUCCUGGCCUCAGGCAGUGCCAAAGAAGACUCAAAACCAUGACCCCCUCUGACUUCCAGUGGAGGGACUCCUGGCACUGUCUGGAUCGGGUGAAGAAUCUGACCCACCAUUUUGCUCGCAGGGGUUUCCGAUGGACUCGAAUUGGCUGGUGUUUCCUCAGAGUUGAAGCUAGGCUCAAGAGAGGGGCUGGGUCGCACAAGGAGGGGCUUCAGGCCCGAAGACUGCUUCUGUCUCCAAGCCUUCCUGGAAAAAUGUUUGGCACUUGGUUUCAGUUUCAGGACUACACCCUUAGGCAACAGCAGUGGGUACCGAGCUUCACUCCCCAACUCUGAGCUGCCUUUGUUUCGGCCUGGGUCAGAGUUGGUCUCAGGUGCUCCAGUCACAUUUCCUACCUCUCCAGCACCAUCAGCCAUGUGCCGCAGUUCCUUCUGGAUGGAUGGCAAACUGGCCUGUUGGGAACAAGAACACUCUAAUCCAUCACAUGUCAGAAUUGGUAAAAAGAAUAGGGCUUUCCAGACCUUAGGAAUCCUUCCAAGACAGCGUCAAGACAUCUUUUCAAGAAAGAUUUUUCUGCACAGUAUCAAAUUUCUACUAUGACUACAUUCCAGUUAUAUGCUCUAGAUAGAUACUCUUCUCUGAAUUUCCUUUAGGAAACAACCAUUUUAUCCCAUACUUUAAAAACACUGUAGAAUCCCUGGGUUGGGGCAGGAAACACGAGAACGAUGGUGAACGCGGAAGACUUCUUAGGUCCUAGUUCCACAACUCAAACAUUGGAGGCGUAAGAUAGCCCUUAUGUUUCUACCAGGGUUUUCGGUAACCUGCCUCCUGCAGACACUGAGGGCGUUUAAAGGUCAUACCUUUAACCAGAAAGGGAGUCGGUGUUCUUCUCUCUCUACAGGUGGCUUCCACUGAUGUGGCUGGACUUCUUCACAGCACUUCACCAAGACAGGCAGCUGUUUAGUCUUCUUAUACAACUGGGCGUGAAGAAAUAAAGCAUAAGUUACACGCCUUCCAAAAACACUGCCUUCUGUCAGGGAGUGGAUGGGGCAGACAUGGUUUGACAUAUACAAAUGCAUAUAUGAAUAUAUAUAGAUACACACACACUACAUAUGCUGAACACUUCUGCAUUUCAAAUAAAACUAAUCAGUAAAAAUUUUACAAUUACUCAAUACCUUCCAUCUCUAUCCUGGACACCAGGAAAGGGGAAGUUUAGGUCACAGUGAACAGGAAGCGAAGAGAGUGACAGUGCCUUAACCCUCAUCCUGGGCACAUGGAAGCAAAUGACGGUGUGAAGGGCAUUAGAAGGAAACGGAAAGAUCGGCAGAGUCUGAGACAGCUCACUGUUAACUAUAAACGAAGAGGGGAACUGAACUUAAAACGCUGACAAAAAGCAUCUAUUCAGUCAACAUUUCCUGACUGCCUUCUGUGUGCCAGGCACUGUGCUACAAGCUGAGCAUAGACGUGAGAGGCACUCUGCUCUUAAGGAGCUUACAGACUAGUGGGAGAAACAGUCAAGUAGACCAAUAAUGACAUCCUGCAUAGAAAGUACGGGCAAGGAUGUGCACAAAUACAUGGCACCCAAUGCAAACUGGGACCAAAACCAUGUUUUUCUGGUGCAGUGCAGCUUUAAGUGAACGGUAAUGGGAGAGUUUCCUACAUGAGGCAGGUGAGGACAGGGUGUACUUUGUGUGCAAAAUCAUGGACAGGUUUAAGGAACCACGAGGAGACUGCUUUCGUUAGAACUAAAUGAAUGGGAGCAGACUUGAGGGGACAAAGUCAGAGGUAGGCUGUGCCAUGCCAAACAGUCUGAACUUUAUCCUAAGGCUGUGAUAGCGGUGGCUAUGGCAGGAAUGCAAAGGACAGAACAAAUGAGACCAGAAUUGGAGACACCACUUAGAAAACGACUGCAUUCACCCAGUUUUGAAAAGGCCUAAAGUAAGGCAACUGGCACCACAGUAGGAAAACGGGGGACUCGGUGACAACCGACAUAUGUGGUGAUCAACCAGGAGGAGCUGAGGGUAAUGUUCAGGUUUCUGGAUUGAGAUACUGGCUAGACAGUAAUGCCACACACAGGGACAGAAAUCACAGACGGGUUACGCUGAGGAACUGAGAGUUUGCUGUUGGUGGUGGUGGCCGUGGCAAGAGCUACAGGGUGCAGAGGGAGACGUGACUUCAGUUUCAGGCAAAAUGGAGUCUGAGGAGUCAGUGAGGCAACCAAGCUGAGAGUUUCUUUAAAUACUGGACUAAACUAAGCUCUAGCUCAGGAGAGAAAACUGUACUGAAGAUACAGAUUUGGGAUCAUCAGGGGAUGCCGCCCCCCACCAGCCCUCACUGUAGAAGGCUGACAUUUAAGCGCAGAGCAGAGAAGGAAGAGCUUGCCAAGGAGCGGCCUGAGGUAGGAGCCAGUGAAGAAAACAAGAAGAAGCCCUCAGUGGAGCACGCACAGAGAACACGUGCAGACUGCUGAACACCAGAUGGCUCAGGGAGAGAUUUCAUCAGGGAGGUGAAAACGAUAAAACAUUUGAAUAUACUGAAAAGAGAUUUACCAAACUGAAGUAAAUUUUGUGUUGAAAUAAUGAUAAUUAACUAAACCAAGCCCCAAGCCCCCCACAAAAAAAAAAGAGGCAAUUUUUUUUAAAUGUCCAGCAAGAAAGGUAAGGUAACACGGCUCAGCUGAGAGGAGCAGUUAACAUAAUCCUUACAAUGGUAAUACUAUAACCUUUAAUACAACCUAACCAAAACUGUGAUAUCAUUACCAUGGGAAGACUGGAAAACAAAAAAUAUGCAUUAAAGAACUAAAACCCUCACCUCCCUUGGUUUAGGGUUAAUAGAUAAAGCCGACACCCAAAACAUCAAGAAGUAGCAAUUGUAAGUGUGUUAUUUACAUACAGAUACAAAUGUAUGCCCCCCACCCCCCAAAAAAUAAAUUGCCAGUUGGCAGAAAAUUCAGUGAAAAAUAGUUUUCACAAGUCUCAUAUGGACGACUCUGUAAACCAUGUAUAAACUGUAUAACUAUUACAUAUCUGAAAUUAAGAAAAAGGAGAAUUAAGGAGAAAGAUAAAAAUAGAAUAUUGUGUACUCUUUCAAGGAGGUUAGAGUAAAAAAAAGAGAACAUAGGGCUGAAGGGUAACAUGGAUUCACUUAACAGUUAAGUUGGGCCAGACCUGACCAAUUUUAUAUUUGGGGGCAAUACCCAUAACGAAGGGAAAGGAUGAAGACACCCCAGAAGAACACAAUGAAUCAAGGUCUCUGAAGAGACUAAUACUCAAGUGAGAGGAACUAGCCUUUAAUAAAAGGUCCCCUCUUCACUGAAACUAAGAAAAGAAAAAAAGGAUGGUGCAAACAGCUAGGUCUCCCGGUGGAACGUGCAGGAGGAACUCACUUUCACGAUGUUGUCGGGAGCUCUCCUGAGGUUCAGGCUCUUGAUUCUCACUGUCAGUUGGUGGACAGUCUUGCAGGUUAGAAGGUACUUGCUGAUUAGAGGCUUAGGAAACUCAGUGCAUUCGAAGUGCUUCAGUCCUAGAGCUAACAAACUGACAAAGGGGCAAUGACACUCAAUCCCACACCACAGCCCUGCCCUCUAAAACGCCUCCCCAGAUAACUCCAUACAGUUUCAUUGCCCGUUUUCCUACAUCUAGCUCUUACACAAGCUAAAACUUACAUACACUGCCGAUGCCAGUUUGACGAUGCAUAUAAAAAGUCAAAAAAUCUGCACACACCCACUAGGAUGGGUACACACUGUGUAACACAGUCCAUCUAUACCCGCGCUCCUUUGUCUUUCGUGUCCGUGUCUGACUACACAAGCCGUAUUUCCCCUCAUCUUCCCAAAAAGAACUGUCUUCUCCUUGGGAUACUUUGCUCUUCUGCCCCCACCAUAAACACCUACUUGUCCUCAGCCUUGGUGAAGAAGCUCUUAUCCUCAGGAUCCUUUGCCUGCAGAGAACAUAAUGGAAGUAGCUCUGGAUACAUGAAAACCUUGCUUGUUGCCAGGAUCCAAGCCACUUGCUUUGGCAAACAGGGAAAUUCAUAGGCUGUGAGAAAAAAAUCCAUGAUCAGUGGAAUUCUAGAACAAAAGAGGGCUUCAGAAAAGCUUCUGAACCCAUUUCUACAUUUAGGUAGAGCUGCCCAUACCUAACAGGCUUCCUUCACACCGCUCCUCCCCUAAAAAAGGUGCCACAAUCUUUCUCAUCCUAACAUAUCCCAAAAGGGAGUCUCGUUCAGUGGCAAUAAAAGGUGAUUCUCUUAUUACUUCCUGUGUGGCGCACUUACCACAUUAAGUAACAUGAACACUUAGAAAGCACCUAGUAACACCUGGCACAUAGAGAAUGCUCAAAAACUUCAAUCACCUUCCCCCUUUAAGUCCUUGAAGGAUACGUGACCAACAAUGCUUGCUUUCUUCCAGGUUUACAUUCCAACUUCUUUAAUCCCCCUCGCAUAUUUGGUAUUCCAAAUUUUAUAUUUUUCUAUUCUUACUUAAUUUUCAUUAAGUUCUCCCAGAUUCCUCCUGAGGUUGGGCACAAACAAAAAAACCGUAAAAGGAAUGCAGUUCAGUCUCAUUCCUUUCUGUCUCCCUGCCUACGUCUCUCAUUUCCAGGCUCCUCUGCCUUUCCAGAGACAAGCACUACUACACCCAUAGUAAUCCUUCCCUGAGUGCUUUUUUAUUACUCCAGAAGAAAAACAAAGGACUCUAGGAAUCGAAGCUAGCGCUAUGGUUUGUGUUAAAGUUUUCAUUACCAAAAUGGAAGCUAUUAAAGUAAUUUGAAAUCAGCAACUAUGACAAAAUGCACUUGAAUUUAAUUGUAGUGCAGUAAAAAGCAAAAGAAACCCACUACUGUCGAGUGGAUUCCUACUCAUAGCGACCGUACAUGACAGAGUAGAACUACCCCACAAGGCUGUAAUUUUUACAGACGGUGACUGCCACAUAUAUCCUCUCAUAGAGCAGCCAGUGACAUCAAAACCACAAACCUUUCAGUUAGCACCAGAGCACUUAACCUCUGUGCCACCACUCAGGGAUUUAAAAUUAAAUCCAAAGAUAAAUUCAAAUACAUGCCCAUUACAGAUACACAAAAGGCCAAACAAUUUUGCUAAACCAGGAAACAAAUCAAAAGCAAAUAUCUUGUUUAAGGGAACGGUAAAUAAAACAUUGCCUCAAAACAUACUAAACCAAUGCAAGGUAGAAACCAAACCUGAAAAGUUCUUUAAAACACUGAACCUCACAAAGGUACAACAUCUCUAACUUGUGCCUAACUCCCAAAUCAACAUUUUUUUCAAAAUAGAGAUACCACCUACCCUACAAUCAUGGCAGAUAAUAUGAGUUGAUCCAAAUACAGAGGGUGUAAACCUAAACACAGCCAAACUUUACCACCUGACUUCCCUCUUUAGCAUACCCUGGUUUGUCUUGAUCUCAGUCCUAAUGCUUACCCUCAUAAUUGUCUAUCCUUCUCUUUCUAGUGAGCCCCACGUCUCUACCACCACACACCUGUCCUGUCAACUACCUUCGCCCCUUACCUAAGUCCAAACAUUGUCACGUAAUUCCAGAACUCAGACAAUGAGUCAAAAGGGAAGAUAAACGAGAUAAGGACAAAAGUGCGAAUAUCCUGGCUCCUCCAUCCCUAGAAAAUUAUCUCUGAGAUAAGGCUCCCACCUCUCACUGCAAAUAAACACUGGAAGUUGGUACAUCUGUCCCCUACCAGGCUUCUUGGAAGUUUUACGAGGACUCCAGUCAAUGCUGACGUGUGUGCUGAAGUCUUCGAUGAGCUGCAUAGCUCCCAUCAGGUUACAGGGUUGGAACAAGGGCUGAGACUCAGGGUUGAACUGAUGGUGAAGGGUGAUGGAGCUUUGAGCAACGGUUCCCAGCUCUUU